ACAUCUACAAGCUAAAGAGGAAACUCUGGCUGGGGCAGUGCGCGGAGCUCCGGCUGUCGGUGGCGAGCGUCAGCGGUCCGAACGGCAGCGCCGGUGGCGGCUACGGCGGCAGCGGCACAACGGGCAAAAUACAAUAGAGGCAGCAACAGAAGGGAGCCCCGGUGGUCCUCUCUCCCAUAAACACACUCCCCUUCACCUUCCCCUCAGCACCGCGCGCGGUGCCGCCCGGUGCCCGAGGCCGCUCGGACUGCUAUGUAACCGCGAGACUGCUGGAGGAAGGGGACCGGGGAGAAGAGGCUCGCCCGUGGGAGGCCGUGGGGGCCAAGUUUGCGGCCACUUCUGCACGCGCUUCCCUUAGCCCCCGCUUGCCCCCUCCUGCAGCCCAACUGGCCCGGGUCCCCUUCGCCUCCUCCUCGCGUGCCCAGCAGCCGCGGUUCCCGGCGACCAUGGUGACGGUGGAGGAGCUGCGGGAGAUGGACUGCAGCGUGCUCAAAAGGCUGAUGAACCGGGAAGAGAACGGCGGCGGCGCGGGCGGCAGCGGCAACCACGGCGCCUUUGGGCUGUUGAGCGGCGGCAAGUGCCUGCUCCUGGACUGCAGACCGUUCCUGGCGCACAGCGCGGGCUACAUCCGAGGCUCGGUCAACGUGCGCUGCAACACCAUCGUGCGGCGGCGGGCCAAGGGCUCGGUGAGCCUGGAGCAGAUCCUGCCCGCGGAGGAGGAGGUGCGCGCCCGCCUGCGCUCCGGCCUCUACUCGGCGGUCAUAGUCUACGACGAGCGCAGCCCGCGCGCGGAGAGCCUCCGCGAAGACAGCACCGUGUCGCUGGUAGUGCAGGCGCUGCGCCGCAACGCCGAGCGCACUGACAUCUGCCUGCUCAAAGGUGGCUAUGAGAGGUUUUCUUCCGAGUACCCAGAAUUCUGUUCCAAAACGAAGGCCCUGGCAACCAUCCCACCUGCUGUUCCCCCCAGCACUGCUGAGUCCUUGGACGUGGGCUGUGGCUCCUGCGGAACCCCGCUGCACGACCAGGGGGGUCCUGUGGAGAUCCUUCCCUUCCUCUACCUCGGCAGUGCCUACCACGCUGCCCGGAGGGACAUGCUGGACGCGCUGGGGAUCACGGCCCUGUUGAAUGUCUCCUCCGAUUGCCCGAACCACUUUGAAGGCCACUAUCAGUACAAGUGCAUUCCCGUGGAAGACAACCACAAGGCAGACAUCAGCUCCUGGUUCAUGGAAGCCAUUGAGUACAUCGAUGCCGUGAAGGACUGCCGCGGCCGGGUGCUGGUGCACUGCCAGGCGGGCAUCUCGCGCUCGGCCACCAUCUGCCUGGCCUACCUGAUGAUGAAGAAGCGGGUGAGGCUGGAGGAGGCCUUCGAGUUCGUCAAGCAGCGGCGGAGCAUCAUCUCGCCCAACUUCAGCUUCAUGGGGCAGCUGCUGCAGUUCGAGUCGCAGGUGCUGGCCACGUCCUGCGCCGUGGAGGCCGCCAGCCCCUCGGGGCCCCUGCGGGAGCGGGGCAAGGCCACCCCCACCCCCACCUCGCAGUUUGUCUUCAGCUUCCCGGUGUCGGUGGGCGUGCACUCGGCCCCCAGCAGCCUGCCCUACCUGCACAGCCCCAUCACCACGUCCCCCAGCUGCUAGGGCCGCUUGGAGCCCCCCACCCCCACCCCGCGAGCCCGCCGGCCCCGCGGGGACUGACCAGCGUGGGGAGCAGGUGGCCAAGCUCCUCCCCCUUUGCUCCUCCUGGGCCAGCCUGGGGCCAGCUAGAAUGGCAAUAAGGACUUCGAAUACACCUACUACGAGCAAACAAAACACUCCAACCUAGAGCAAUAACGGCUGCGGCUGCCUCAGCGGGCAGGGAAGACCUUGGUUUGGUUUGUGUGUAUGUUACUUUUCAGAUAGGAAUUUCUUACCUCAUUUUUUUUAAGCGGUAAGGCUUGAAGUUAGGAAACCCACAGAUCCUGGCAAAUGUGCCCACCCAGUUUUGUUAAGGUAGGGGGGAGGCGGGUGGGAGUGGGAAAGGGACAAAAAGAAAACAAGUUUGCCAGAAGUGCCUGGUUCUGUGUGCUUCGUCCUUUUUUUGUUCUUGUAACAGGUUUUUUUUGGUUGUUUUUGUUUUUUGGUCGAUGUUUUGUUUGUGUUCUUUGACGAAAUCUUAUAGGACGUGGUUUUCCUCUUGAAGUCACCAACAGGUGAAUAAUUACGCUUCGUCAUAAAUGAAAGUAUUUAUUAAGAAUUUCCUCAGAGUAUGUAAGUACAAGGAGUCUAGUGACAGUGAAUUUUGGGUAUGUUUCUGUCGAUGUCCCGCAGCGGAGCACGAUAGCAUGCAAAUGUCGAAGCAGAAGGGAAAUGGCAUCUCCCAGGUGUGGACAAGGUGGCGGGAUAGACACCUGGGAUUGGUUGCCACUGAGAAGCAGGCAGGGUGGGGUGGCAGGUGGAAGGAAGGUGAGGACUGCUGUUUGAUGACUUCUGAGGCUGGUUCCUGGGCACAUGGAACACUAAAGUGGCUUUACAUCCCGACAGUACAGUCUUUUCUUUCUGAGGAUGGGUGAUCCAGUUGGCGGGAGCAUGUUCUCACAGACGUGCCUGAGGACUUGCAAAUCAUCUGUGAUAAAUGCCAUGUUGUAUAAGGUGCUCCUGAAAAAUUGGGCGCAGUGGAGAUUUUCCUCCAGGGAAUCGCUGGGCCGGGCCAUUGGGGAACCCAGCUAACUAGAGCCAGACGUGAUGUGAAUCCUGUGAGAGUAGAAGUACGCCAACAAAUUCUUGCCUUUUUAAAAUUCCCCGGCUUAGGUGAAUAUUUUUUAAAGGCCCUUAUUUGAAUAAAAAGAGGGGAAUGGACACCAUGUUUCAGGUCUAGGAUGGAAGAGUGUGUGUGAGGAGCUGGGCAGACCCUUUGCUUGGGAGCUGGCUGCUGGGCUCCUGGAAUGGGCACCGUGGGUGCUCGGGUGCCAUUUUGGAAUCCAUUCUUGGGAUAAUGCCAUUUGAAGGGGCCUUUCCAAACGGAGGUAAGGCUUUUUGAGGGAGAAGGAUGUUGUGUGUGGGUUGGGCUUGGGGGGAGGGAGGAGGGAAGCUACAUGUUACUUCAAUUGUAGUAGUGUGGAACAGUGUUGUUACUGAGUGCCAGCUUAGAGGUAUUUGCAAACUUGUCUAGAAAUGAGAGCAUGUUUAUUUUUUGGUUGUUUUUUUGUUCUUUGUUCUUUUGUUUUUUUGUUCUUUAGCCCCUUGUGAGUCUAGAUCUAAAUGAAUAUUCUUGCUCAUCCGUAAAUAACUUCAAGCCUCAAUGUCAGAAGCGUGUUGGAAUGCUCUUUCUUAUCCUGGCAUCCCAGACAGGACCAGGUUCAUUACAUUUCCUUCCAUAAACAUGAACCUGUGCUGGCAUCACUCAUCCUGCCUUUGUCAAGCCCUGUCUUUGGGUGAGGCCAGAGUUCCCGCUUCCUGUUUUUAGAAAAGCCAAAGGCUCCCUCAUUCCCUAGAAGCUGCCUGGCUGAAUAGGGGUGAGGUGUGGAGGGGUUAAGAUGCCUGGACAAUGGACCUAUUUAGAGGUGGCACAGCUGGCCAUUCCCACUUUUUCCUUGAUUCCUGGAGGUUGCUCUGUGUUUUGCAGUGAAUGAGGUCCACUGGGUUCUGCAGCUGAGGGAGCCCUGGGUUCCAACAGCAGAUGGACCUGGGGGGCAGGGUGGCUGUUGCAGGGGGAGGAAAAGUAACCUGGAACAGACUCACUUUCUAUAGAACAAGUGCACAUCUGCCAAAACCUGUGUUUUCCCAGACUGGAUUCCAACCAUGUGGACAGACGGAGCUCAGGACCAGCCCCAGACACGUCUUCCCCCCACUUUCCAAUUCAAGUCUUAUGUCACUGUGUCAAACUGCUAUUUAUAAAGCCAUUUUCUUUGUACUUGAUGACAACGUGAGUCCCAGAACUCUUAGAAAUAAAAAUAGGAAAUUGGCUUGAUAGGAAGAGGGGAUUUGGGGGAGGUGGUCAUAAUUCUGCCAUCAGAAGCCUCUUUGAUGACUCGACAUAACUCUAAUGAAGACACCACCACAGGGUCAGUUCAAAUGGUCAGGUGGGUUUCCAUUGGCCUCUCUCCCAUGAAGUGAUUUCUGGUGAUGCAAACUUUCUGUGAUGGCCGGAAAACGUUGCCACUUUCACUGAUUAUCAGCCAUGCUGUUGGCUACCUUGGAUCUCCUCUAGAGACCAAGGGUUGCUGUCAGCUCCCAGAAUCUUGUGUGACCAAGGGUGUUUGUGGAUCGCUGAGGGUAACACCUGACUUUCCCAUGGAGACAUACCAGGCUGAAAGUGCCACGAACAGGUGGCCGGGAGCUCACAGUCUCAGUCCUUUCCUCCUGAGGCCAUUUUGCUCAGGUGCUUGUUGGAACUGGAUUCCAGAGUUUUCAACAAGGUUGGGAUGCCAUGAGAAAAAAAUGUAAACAUCCGUGGGAAAGUGGACAGACGGAGGAGGCAGGACGGUUGAUCGGGAUGGGAGUUGGCCACCAAGCCCAAAGUACAGAAGAGGUGGUUCACCUUGACUGUCCACCGGCAUCAGCUGGGGAGUUUUGAAAACCUUGCUACCAGGCUAUCCCAGACCAAUUAAGCCAGGAUUUCUGGAGCUGGGACCGAGGCAUCCGUGUGUUUCUGAGCUCCCCAAGUGUGCCCCAUGUGCGGCCAAGAUGGGGAAAAUGGCCUUGCUUUCUGGAAGGCUAGUCUUCAUGACAGAACUAGCUUGUCCCGAAGAAACCACAACCAGGGGUUGGUCACUGGCUCAGCAGGGUCUUGCCACCCAUCCCAGCCUGGCUGCGGGACAAGAUGGUUUCUAUCAGGAGCUCAAGGAGCAUGUGACCUCCUGAAGGGGCACCUCUCAGGCUCCUCGAAAGUCAUCUGAUCUGUGGAACGUUGUCGGCGAAUUGAAUACAGUGUCUGGACGUUGGGGUCUUUCCUUACAUUUUCCUUGUCGAACAGGAAAGAUGGGGAGUUUCACCUCUUGAAGAUAACCCCGUCCCCGUAGGGCACCCUGCCUGUUCUUAGAGCUUAUGAGUCAUAUGAGGAAGAGGCUUCUUCAAGACAGAGCAAUGCAAUACUUGUAACUUUUGUAAAUAGCCCCGUCUUUCAGAGUGAUGUCAUUUCUACAUUUGAUAUGCUUGUAUUUCUGUAGGAUGUAUAUAGUUUAGGGGAUUUUUUUUGUUUGGUUUUGUUUUUUAGAAAAGUUGACAUGUCUGUUUUUAUUUAUUGCUUGAAAAAGAUCAUUUGAAGAAAAAUAAAUACAUUUUCAACCAC